AUGUCGGCUCUGGACCUUUGGAAGGAGGGUUCUCCUGUAAGCGCGCCCAUGCCCCCAAGCUUGUUCCCACUUGUCGCCUACAUCACUGUCUCCAUUGGUCUCGUUGCCACCGGAGCCUUUGCGGUUCAAAAGCGAAAUACACCUAUUAUGGAGCAGCUCUCACUCGCCAUGCCUGCAUCUAUCAUGCUCGGUGUCGGAACCGUUUUCACUUUCGUCUCGGUCGGCUUAUACGUCUAA